CUUUUCCUUUUACCGUAUAUGACUUAAGAACUACCAAUUUGCUACAAUUCUCCUUGGAAGCAAUUUUGCAUUGAAGCCGUUUGGUAAACCCUAAUCGACGAAAGAGCUUCGGAGCUAGGAUUUUCCUUCAAUCGGGCUGGGGCAGGGACAGUGGCAGAGAGUAGGAAGAAAUUUUAAUAGGAAGAAGAAAGAGUUGCAGCUACUAAAACGUAAUCUUGUCUGCACUCACUCUAGGAUGGACAUUGAUGAUGAUUUCACGUUUUGUCAGGUCAGUGCACCUGUUGAUCUUGAAACAAACAAGCUUGCUUCAGAUGUUGCUGAUAUUUCUAUUAAAGAAGAAUCUUCAAAUGCAACUAGUACCAUUCAGGAUGGUGGUUUUUUGUGGAAGGAUGGUUUAUCCAAGGAUUCCAACUCUAAGGAGGCCAAUGUUGGUUCUUUGUCUUUCACUGUUACUAACACAAGUUCAAGUCAGCCAAAUGAAUCCAGUCAAUCUACCCCAAAAUCUGCACCAGGUAAGGCUAACAAUUUGUCGUCGAAGUUGCCAGAAGAGAAGAAUUCUGCUAAGAAGCCGGUGGUUCGGGCCAAAGUUCCCUUUGAAAAAGGCUAUAGCCAAAUGGACUGGCUCAAGCUCACCCGAACUCAUCCAGACCUUGCAGGUUUGAAAGGGCAAUCAAACAAGAGACUUAUUUCUAUGGAUGAAGUUAGAAAACACAAAACAGAAGGUGACAUGUGGACUGUAUUAAAAGGUCGUGUUUACAAUAUAUCUCCAUAUAUGAAGUUUCACCCUGGAGGUGUUGAUAUGUUGAUGAAGGCAGUAGGAAAAGAUUGCACAUCUUUAUUCAAUAAAUACCAUGCUUGGGUUAAUGCUGAAUUCUUAUUGGAGAAAUGUGUUGUGGGUACCUUAGAUGAGAGUCAGUGAAGAUGAUUCCAUUAUAAGAAUGCAUAAACAUAUGAAGAUAUCCCUCUUCAUGGCCCUCUCUUUUUACCGAUUAUAGGGGCCAUCAAACGGGGAUAAAUAAUUUCGGUUGGUAUUAAUGGAAAACCGCCUUAAUUUUGGUUUAGGGGAACCACGAUUAAGAAGACUUUCCAAAAGGUAUACAUGUUUGUGUUUGAAGAUCUCAAGGACAUAGUUCUAAACUUUGGAUUAUUACAAUUUAUGUAAACUAGAAAUUUGGAUUAACAAUGUAACAUUUCAGUCAUGAUUGAUUAGUCUCUAUUUGGUGCA